AUGGAGUUGGGUGAGAAGUCUGGUGGCAGACUGCGUAGUCAGAGUCAGAUGCAGGCUUUUCGACAAGCUCUUUCAGAUUGUAACCUCAAGGAUAUGGGGGCUGCUGGAGGUCUGUUUACGUGGUGUGAUUCCAAUACGAAAGAGAGGUUUCUCAGCCAAAGUGGAGGAGGCUUGGGAAUUCCAUAUGGUGGGGAGCCUAUGCUUCAGCUGUGCCGCAAAGUAAAGGGAUUGGGGACUCAUCUUUUGGAGUGGGAUCGAACUAUUUUCCGUAGUAGAAGAGAGGAAGUGGAAGGGGUACGGGCACAACUGGAUGCUCUUCUCCAGAAACCGUUCGACCAAAGUGAUCAUGCCCUCAAGCUGCAACUUUCGCAAAGAUUGAAUGAGUUGAUGUCCAUUGAUGAGACGUAUUGGAGGCAACGGUCUAUAGCGGUUUGGCUUAGGGAUGGUGACCGGAACUCCCAUUUCUUUCAUAAGAAAGCAUCGAACAGACGGCAAAAAAACAAAAUUAAAAGCCUUUUCGAUAUCAAUGGAGUAUGGCAAGAGUCCACGGCCGGUAUAGAUGGGGUUGUGUUGGAUUACUUUCAGCAUAUUUUCAGCUCCCAACCACAGGACUUGGAGGCUCAAAACUUGGUUCUUCAGACUAUUGAGCCUCGUGUCUCAGCAGACAUGAAUGCCAUCUUAUUGGCUCCCUACAGCUUGGAAGAAGUUCGUAUAGCGUUAUUUCUGAUGCAUCCUUCGAAAGCGCCAGGAUCGGAUGGUCUCUCACCUUUCUUUUUUCAGAAAUACUGGGACUUAGUUGGGCAGGAGGUCAGUAAUGCGGUGAUUUCAAUGUUAACUCAUUCUGAAAUUCCCCCUGAUUUGAAUUUCACCUAUGUCGCCCUCAUUCCAAAGAUUAAAGAAGUUGUGAAUAUGUCCCAUCUUCGGCCUAUUGCGUUAUGCAAUGUGAUUUAUAAAAUUGCUUCAAAAGUUAUUGCUAACCGACUGAAAAGUUUCUUGUCAGAUAUUAUUUCUCCUCAACAGAGUGCGUUUGUUCCAAAUCGGCUUAUUUCUGAUAAUACUUUGGUAGCGUCAGAGCUAGCCCAUUACAUGCACAGGUUGAGGCGUGGACACGAAGGUUUUUUGGCUCUUAAAUUGGAUAUCAGUAAAGCAUACGACAGACUGGAAUGGGGUUUCUUACAGAGAAUCAUGUUGAAAAUGGGGUUUGCGGAGGAAUGGGUGGACCUGAUUAUGUCUUGCCUUUCUACGGUGCGUUAUUCCUUCCUUGUUAAUGGUACACCUAGGGGUUAUGUGACACCGCAGCGGGGGUUGCGACAAGGCGACCCAUUGUCCCCCUACUUGUUUUUAUUAUGUGCAGAGGGCAUGUCCGCUCUUAUUUCCCACGGAGUUUCUAGUGGUCAAUGGCAGGGGCUGCGUAUUUGUGAUGGUGCCCCUACUAUCAGUCAUCUUUUGUUUGCAGACGAUAGUAUGCUUUAUUCUAUUGCUACGCCUCAGGAUUGCACCAUGAUUAGGGAUUUGCUAAAUAUUUAUGAAAGGGCCUCUGGGCAACAGGUGAACCUACAGAAGAGUAGUGUUGUUUUCAGUGGGAGUGUUUUACCGCCUUUGAGAGACAAUAUGGCUCAAAUCCUGGGGGUUCAGAUGGUGGAGAAGCAUGAUAAGUGGAGAUCCAAAUUGCUUAGUGCUGCCGGUAGAGAAAUCUUAAUCAAGGUGGUGGCUCAGGCUCUACCACUAUAUACCAUGAAUUGCUACCUACUCCCUCAGAAUCUUAUUCAGGAACUCCACCAGCUUUGUGCACAGUUUUGGUGGGGUAGUACGGACGACAAGAAAGCUAUGCAUUGGCGGGCUUGGGAUGACCUCUGUAAACCCAAAAGUAUGGGAGGUAUGGGUUUCCGACAUCUUUUUGCUUUUAACUUGGCUAUGUUAGCCAAGCAAGGGUGGCGGUUACUCCAAUAUCCUGACUCCCUGAUCGGUCAACUUUUUAAAGCUCUAUACUUCCCCCACAGUAAUUUUUGGGAAGCUGAGCUAGGUUCCCAGCCAUCUUUUGCAUGGCGAAGUAUCUUGCAAGGCCGAGACAUACUUAAAGCAGGCAUUAAACGUCACAUUGGGAAUGGUUUGUCUACCAAUAUAUGGCGGGAUCCGUGGUUGAUGGGUGAGGAUUUGGGUGCUUACUUCUCGAGUCGAGCAACUUUCGUUGCUGAUCUUUUCAUCUCUCCAGGUGUGUGGAAUGUUACUCUUUUAUCUGAACUUUUUCCUGCUUAUAUUGUUCAGAAGAUCCUCACUCUUCCUCUUAGUCCUCGGGUUCAUGAGGAUAGAUGGAUUUGGGGUGCAGAUAAAAAAGGCCAGUUCACGGUAAAGUCGGCCUACCAUGUAGCUAGGAAUAGGAUUCUUGAUGAUGUUUCAUCCAUAUCGAAUCCAAGUGCUACUCUUUGGCGUCAGCUGUGGAAAGCUCAGGUUCCAAGCAAUGUGAAGAUAUGUGCUUGGAAAGCAGCCUCUAACAUUCUUCCUACUCGGGGUCGGCUUAGUGAACGUGGUGUUGAUAUAGACACCCAAUGCCCACUUUGUGACGAAGAAGUUGAAACUCCUCUCCAUGCAACUCGUGACUGUCCCCAUGCUACUAGUUUGAUUCAUGGUGCCAAUAUUUCCCUUGUUUCGGCCCCUUCCACUGUAGCAGAUUGGCUCACAGUUGUUUCAGCGACAUAUCCUCAUCAUUUUGCCUCUUCGUUGAUGAUUUUGUGGGCUACUUGGAGGAAUAGAAAUGCUAAAGUUUGGGGAGGUGAUUUUAAGCAGGCCUCAGAGAUUGUCCCAAUGUCAUUGGGUUGGUUGGCAGAAUUUAAAGCAGCUCGCAUUACUACCCCGUUGGGGUUGGCAACUCGUGCAGUACCCAAAUGGUCGAAACCACCAGUUGGCUUUGUGAAGUUGAAUGUUGACGUUGCUUUUGAUCAGACCUUGUGUCGUACGGGUUUAGGUGGGGUGUUCCGAGAUCAUGUAGGGACUUUUCUUCAUGGGUUUCGACAUUCUGUUACAAUUGCUCAAUCAGCUAGACAUGCCGAGCUAUUAGCAUUGAUAUUGGGAGUGCAGUUGGCCAUUGACCAUCAUCUUACACCUUUGAUUGUGGAGUCGGACUGCCUGGACUUGGUGUCAGCAUUGUCCUCAUCUUCAUUGGAUUGUUCGGAGCUGGGUUUUUUGCUGGUAGACCUGCGAACUUUGUUACAUGAAGCAUUGGAUGCUCGUGUGCUUAAGGUAGCUAGGCAGGCCAAUAGUGUGGCCCAUAUUUUGGCGCAGAGGCCAAGCAUGAUGAUUUUCAGAUAG